AUAAUAUUUCUGUCUAAAGUUACCCGAAAACCACAACAGCAAUAACAACACAAAUGUUGUGCGACCCGCAGAUCUAUUGCCCAACAGCUGGUUAUCAAUAAUAAUUCUUUUUGGCCGGUUCCAUAAGAACAACCAACCACUAAGCAACUCCCUGAGUCGACAGCACUCACUGUGCCAUUUUGGAUAACAUUGGACAGAGAACGCCCACACCCCACACACACACACACAAAAUACACCACGCACAUUCACAGAGAUAUAGCUCAGCACGAUGUUGGAUCGAUGUGAAAUGCCGAUACAAUUGGACAACGAGAAGCUGCGACGCGAUGUGCGUCUGUCCGGCUCGCGUUUGGACCUGCCACAGCUGUGCACAGUGGGCCGUCGGCUCGACGGACACACGAACAGCAAUAGCAACAACAACAACAACAAUAAUGGCAGCAGCAGCCAUGUAAACGAGACAACAACAAACACACAGAUUGGCAAUGGCAACAACAACAAUUUGGGCUCCCCCGUUUCCUGCUCGACCACAAACAGUGGCAGCGGCAACGAGCGCGGCUCCUCGACCAAAUCAAACAGCAGCAGCGGCAGCGGCAGCUCCGGCAACUCAGCCAGCAGCACGGGCAGUGCCGAGCUCAAAUGCAAUACGCCCAUGACACCAUCAGAGCUUGUCAAAAAAUAUCGCAAUUAUUUGACUGAUCUGGAGUUCGAGGAGCUAAAGGUUUACAAAGAGGUCUGGUAUUUUGGCCAGAAUGCCAGCAAGAACUACAAGCCCGCCCCGACAGCCAACACCACAAAUCUGGGCUAUGACGAUGACAAUGGCAACUACAAGAUCAUUGAACACGAUCAUAUAGCCUUUCGCUAUGAGAUCCUGGAGGUGAUUGGCAAGGGCAGCUUUGGCCAGGUGAUCAGAGCUCUCGAUCACAAGACCAACACACAUGUGGCCAUCAAGAUAAUCAGAAACAAGAAGCGCUUCCUCAACCAGGCCGUUGUUGAGCUCAACAUUCUGGACGAGCUGCGCGAAAAGGAUGCAGAUGGAUCUCAUAAUGUUAUACACAUGCUGGACUAUACAUACUUUCGCAGACAUCUGUGCAUUACCUUCGAGCUGAUGAGUCUCAAUCUGUACGAGCUGAUCAAGAAGAACAACUAUAAUGGCUUCAGCAUGAGUCUGAUCAGACGCUUCUGCAACUCGAUUGUCAAAUGUCUGCGUUUGCUCUACAAAGAGAAUAUCAUACACUGUGAUCUCAAGCCGGAAAACAUUUUGUUGAAGCAGCGCGGCAGCAGCUCAAUAAAAGUCAUCGAUUUUGGCAGCUCGUGUUAUGUGGAUCGCAAAAUCUAUACCUACAUACAGUCGCGAUUCUAUCGGUCCCCUGAGGUGAUAUUGGGCCUGCAAUAUGGCACGGCCAUCGACAUGUGGAGCUUGGGCUGCAUUUUGGCCGAAUUGUACACAGGCUUUCCGCUCUUCCCCGGCGAGAAUGAGGUCGAGCAGCUGGCCUGCAUUAUGGAGGUGCUGGGCCUGCCGCCCAAGGUGCUCAUCUCUGUGGCGCGCCGUCGCCGUCUGUUCUUCGACUCGCGCGAUGCGCCGCGCUGCAUAACCAACACAAAGGGCCGCAAGCGUUCGCCGGGCAGCAAGUCCUUGUCACAGAUUUUGCACUGUCAGGAUCGCUACUUCAUAGACUUUCUGCAGCGCUGCCUGGAAUGGGAUCCCGCGGAGCGCAUGACGCCCGAUGAGGCGGCCCAUCACGAGUUCCUGCAGCCAUCCGCGUCGAGCCGCCAUCGCAGCUGCCGCAUGUCCACAAGCUCGUCCAGCUCGGGCCUGAACAGUGUCUCCCAGAAGUCUUCCUGCUACAACUUUGCAGAGAUCUCGCCUGGCAACGGGCCGGUGGUUGCCUCCAUCACGAGCACCACGGCCGUUAGCAAUGCGGCCAUUACGACCAAGUCCAUUACCAGCAGCAGUUCUCGUCAGCCCCAUGGCCAUGGCCACGCCCACGGCCACGCCCAGUCGAAUGGACACCUGCCCGACAUCAAGCUCAGCGCCAGCGACAAAUACAACAGCAUGCAGAAGGUAGCCGUGCGCUCAAAGAUCACCUCGAGCGUCUCCGAUCUGGAGUCCGUGCAGCAGUAUUCGUUGCAUCGCAUCUACGGCGGAGUUGGCAGUGGCAGCACUCACCACGUUUCCUCGGCAGCCACCAGGAAGCACCUGAGCGGCAACUCCGCAACCAACAGCAAUGCGAGCAGCAAUGCCAAUGGCAACAGCAGCAGCAGCAGCAAAUACGGCAGCUCCACGCUGGCGCACAACCAUCACAAUGUGACGCAUCACAAUGCAUCCACGGCGACCAUUGCCACCGCCACGCAUCAUCAUUAUCACCACAGCGGCCAUGGUGUGGGCGUGGGCGUGGGCGUGGGCGUCGGGCAGGUGGGGCCGUUAACAGGUGCCGGCUCAAAUGUGGCCAUGUCGCACUCGCAGUCGACUGGCGAUGUCUCCGAUCGGGCGAUCUUUGGGCGUGCUUGACUUAGGGCGCGGCCCACCAAGCUCGAGCUGAAGAAGUGCAAGCUGGUCAACAUGAUGGACUUCUGGAGCUAGAAGUGGCGUCCACAGCAAUGCGCUGCACUGCGGGAGGAAUAGCAGGCCACUGUUGUACCCCUGCCAAACUAGCUGUAAAUGUUAAGCACAUACAUACAUAUAUA